CCGGGCGGCUCGCUCCUCUUCAUUCGCAGGUCGCUUCGCUUCCCGUUGCCCUCUCGGCCACCGGGGAGGUCCGUGGCCGCAGAAGAAAAAGCCUCCAGAUUCCCGGGCGUCUGGCACCGGGCUCCUCAGGCCCGUCCCACCCCCCACCCCACCGCACCGCACCGCACAGCCGGUCGCUCAUGACGCGAGCCCCGCCGAUGGUGGUGCCCGGCGCCGCGCGCUCCCCGUCGGUGCGACAUCUCCGCGCGGAAGUAGCAUCGCUGGCUAACGUUAGCUAACAACAUCGAUUUAUCUGCUGCUCCACCCCCAUCAAUCCCAUCCCCUCUACCCUCUCCCAUCUCCCCUCUCCCUCCGUCGACCCCCCGCUACCGAUCCAUCUCAUCAACAUCUGAUUCGUAGCUAACACUGGAUCCCCUCUCCCCCUUCUCCCCCACCACGUCCCCCAUCCUCGACCGUCCAUCGGCCAGCGCAGGAAGCCUGCCGGUUCCCCCACUCAAGAGUUUUAGCCCGUGGGAUUUUAAACCACCGACACCCCCCCCCCCCCCCCCGCUCCUCAUCUGUGGCCUUUUAGGGGUUCAGUUUCCGCUCUACCUCAACGUCCCGAUGCCUCCAAGCCCCUGUUUGUGACCCCAGCUGCAUUCUCCCCCGUUCCAUAAGACCCCACCGACAUCAGCCCCGCUGUCUCUAACAACCCGACCAGGGGACACGGCACGGUGUACAUCUCCGGUUCCGUACCCGGGCAACCGGACGGAUUUUGCGUGACACCGCCCCCGUGCCACGGGUCUCGCCAUGCCUGGUCCGGUGGCCGGUAGCAAGUCCCGCGUGUACGCAGACGUCAAUACCCUGAAGAGCCGGGAAUACUGGGACUACGAGGCCCACGUGCCCAACUGGAAGUGAGGACGUUUCCGUUUGCUGCAGAUGUUAGAGGGGGUCAACAUCACCAACAACGAGAAAGUGGUGGUCAAGAUCUUGAAGCCGGUUAAGAAAAAGAAGAUCAAGCGAGAGAUCAAGAUCCUGGAGAACUUGCGAGGUGGGACCAACAUCAUCCGGCUGGUGGACGCAGUCAAAGACCCAGUGUCCAGGACUCCGGCGCUCGUCUUUGAAUGCAUCAAUAACACAGACUUCAAGGAGUUGUACCAGAAGUUGACAGAUUAUGAUAUCCGUUUCUAUAUGUAUGAACUACUCAAGGCUCUGGACUACUGUCACAGUAUGGGAAUCAUGCACCGCGACGUCAAACCCCACAAUGUGAUGAUCGACCACCAGUUGAGAAAGCUACGCCUUAUAGACUGGGGUUUGGCAGAGUUCUACCACCCAUCCCAGGAGUACAACGUCCGGGUGGCCUCGCGUUACUUCAAAGGCCCCGAACUCCUGGUGGACUACCAAAUGUACGAUUACAGCCUGGACAUGUGGAGCUUGGGCUGCAUGCUGGCCAGUAUGAUAUUUCAGAAAGAGCCCUUCUUCCACGGACAGGACAACUACGACCAGCUGGUGCGAAUCGCCAAGGUCCUUGGGACGGAUGAGCUGUUUGGUUACCUGCGCAAAUACCACAUUGAACUGGACCCGCGCUUCAAAGACCUGCUGGGACAGCAGAGCAGGAAGCGCUGGGAACAGUUUGUGCAGACGGAGAACCAGCACCUGGUGAGUCCUGAAGCUCUGGACCUGCUGGACAAGCUGCUACGUUACGACCACCAACAGAGGCUGACGGCCACGGAGGCCAUGGAGCAGCCCUACUUCUACCCGAUAAUAAAGGAGCAGUCUCUGUCAAACUCUGACAAUAACAUGGUAACCAGUGGCAACACUACGGCACGAUGAAACGCAGAUGACGAUGAUGAAGAAGAAGAAGAGGAGGAACAAGAAGAAGAAGAUGAUGAUGUUACCUCAGUUUUGUACCCAGUUGUGAUAUUAACUGUGUACAGUGACAAUGGAUCAAAGUAACUCGGACCAGUUCCACUCUUCACAGAUAUGUUCAUACACACACACACACACACACACACACACACACCUUUAAAGGUCAGUCACUCCUCCUCGUCUUCCUCUUCUCGCUCCCUCGUCCCUCCUUUAUAUAAUCUCCAGAUUGUUUCAAUCAGCAAGGAGAACCCCUCCCUCCCCCCGCCUGUCUGCCCCCCCCUCAUCGUCCCCCGUCCUGUGUCCCCCAACAGACAGACGUCUACUGCUCCAUUUCUGACAGUGGCACGGUGGACUCUCUAGAAUGAUGAUAAUAUUAAUGAAAAAUAAAUGAUUUUUAUUUAGAUGACGUCUACCUGUGUCAAGAGGGAGUUAUUGCUAGUUCUUUUUUUCUUUUUUACAGUACGAUAUUAUUUUGUAUUUUUGGACGAAGACACAUUUUCUUGAUGUGUAAUCAUACGAAUUCAUAACGAUCACCUGACUUCACAAUCUGAUAACCCACUUAAGGACCCACACUGGACACUAAACCUUUAACUAAACAUGUUCAAAAUGACAAGUUCGAUGUGAACACAGAGCGAUGGACUCUAAGCAAACGGAUGGUAGCGUGUCAGUGAGGGUUGUUGUGACAGCAGCGCUCGAGUUGUGUAAAGCUGCUACAACCAGUUUGCUGUCUCUCCUUUUUGCUUCCAAAAGCUCAGGAUAGGUGCUUCAGGCAGAAGACCAGACCGAAGUCAAACAAAGAGCCAUUUCCUGCAGGAGGUGGUGGGGACCAAAAGAGAGCAAUACUGGACUUGCAUUUAACUCCAAAUAUGUUGCUUCAUAACUGCUGUAUGUUUAACUCAACUGAAGUUCUUGCCAUUUCAACCCCAAUUCUUUGAAGUCGCAGUAUGCUAAAAUUGUUGAGAUAUUUAUUUUCUAACUAACAGGUUUGACACAAGUGUUGCAUUUAGAAAUGACACCUCUGUAAUAACGUGAUUAUGCUGAGCUAAUAGUUUUAUCACAUGAAUUUGAAUACUCUGUAUUUCCAUUCCAGGUCAGCAUUAAACAUAUAAUGGGUUAUGUAUAAUCUUGAAACAAAA